CUGACUUGUAAUAUCAGGCCACGUACUCUGUACAUCAUAAAUCUCUUACUAUCAUCAGCCAGUCAACAUAAAUAAUAUUUGUUGACUACCUCAAGAUCCUUUCUGACAGUAUAUCUGUACCAUCAGCUGCUUGUGCACGAGUAGAAACGUCUUUUUUAUUGCUUGAUUAAGUACGUUCAACCAAGGAAGCAAACAUGGGUGCUCCGGGAAAUCUGAGUUUAUGCCGUCAGAACUAUCAUGUGGAAUGCGAAGCUGCGGUUAACCGCCAGAUUAAUAUGGAACUAACCGCCUCGUAUUUUUAUUCGUCGUUGUCGGCAUACUUCGAUCGGGAUGAUGUUGCACUACGUGGAUUCGUCAAAUACUUCAAGGAUUGCAGCGAUGCCGAACGCGAAGACGCCAGCAAGUUGAUUCAUUACCAGACACUUCGAGGAGGACGCCUGGUGCUGGGAGAUAUAAAGAGAGCUGAACGUGAUGAAUGGGGUGUGGGACUGGACGCCAUGCAGGCCAGUUUGGAAAUGCAGCGCCGGAUUAACGCGUCCCUCUUGGAACUGCAGGAAAUUGCCGGGCGUCAUAAAGAUCCACACAUGACGGACUUUUUGGAAGAGGAGUUUCUACGCGCACAAGCUGAACGGAUGAAGAAGAUGGCCGAUCACAUAACCAAUCUCAAGCGCGUCGGUCCGGGCUUGGGUGAAUACCAGUUUGACCAUGUUGCGCUGCAAGAAUCAUGAACCCUGAUCCCGCUGCUAGUCUCUGCAUCCCGUUCAAAAAGAUGAAUGUGAUUCUGUCCCAUUGUAAUAACGACUGCUUACAUUAACUUCCGGUUACAGUAGUGCUGUCCAAACGUUUAACGAUAACUGACCAACACAGCAUGUUGACUGACCAUUGAAAUGCUCCCUCUACUGCGUCUUUGACAAGAUUCUAGUUAUUUGUUUGAGCAGAGACCGUGUUAAUAUGCGUACCGGUUUCUUUGUACGUUUUUCACCGAAUGUUCAGCAUGUUAUUUUGCGUUUAAUUACCAGUAAAUAAAUUACUAAAACUAUAA